AUCUCAUUUUGAGGAUAUUUUUUUGGGGAGGAAUCAACGCCCAUAUAUGGACUUACCUGUGAUUGUUGGUGUGAUUUGACACAUCUCUGCUGUCUCGUGUGUGUGUAUGUGUGUGAGCCAUGCUGCGUGUGUUUAUUCUGUGUGCCGAGCGACUGCAAACGCCGGACGAUGACGUCAGCGAUUCCUACUGCAGCGUCACCUAUGAAGGUUCCAAGAAGAAGACCAAGGUCAUCAAGAACAACCCUAACCCUGUCUGGAACGAGGGUUUUGAGUGGGAUUUGAAGGGGAUUCCUCUGGACUCUGGAGCUGAGCUGCACUGUGUUGUCAAAGACCAUGAGAAGAUGGGGAGGAACAGGUUUCUGGGGGAAAGCCGGCUGGCCCUCAGGGAUGUGCUCAACUCUCCGAACCUGGCCGCCUCCUUCACCAUCUCACUGCUGGACACCAAAAGAAACAACACAGGGGCCACGCUGACCCUGCAGGUGUCCUACAUUCCUCCUCCAGGAUUGGCUCCAAUCUUCCAGCCUCCUCACCAGCCUGAGAGCUUUUCACAUAACAACCCCAAUGUGGAGCUAGACACCGUCACAAUGAUUUCUCUGGACACUUUGGGCGAGGAGGACACGGAGAGUAUGAUAAUGGUGGAGCCGCCUGAGGACCAAGGUCAGGACGACGGACGAUCCAUGAUUAUUGUCGGCCCUCAGGGGCCUUCAGGCCACGAGUCCCCCGCUGCCCAGAUACCAAAACGCUCACCACCGUCCUACAACACCCAUGGAGGUCUGCGGAAGAGGAGGAGAGGAGGAAGCCGUCAGUCCAAACCACUGCCCAACAAACCACAAGACUUACAGGUUCGUGUGCGGAUCAUCGAAGGCCGACAGUUGCCAGGCAUCAACAUCAAGCCUGUUGUCAAUGUCAUGGUUGCCGGGCAAACCAAGAGGACCCGCAUUAGAAAAGGCAACAACCCGAUUUUUGAUGAGACGUUCUUUAUGAACUUCUUUGAGACUCCGACAGAUCUGUUUGAUGAGCCCAUCUUUAUCACCGUAUGUGACUCUCGCUCACUCCGAACUGAUGCUGUGAUUGGUGAAUUCAAGUUAGAUGUCGGCACUGUCUACAAUGAGCACAGACACUGCUUCUUGAGGAAAUGGCUGCUGCUGUGUGAUCCUGACGACCUCUCUGCUGGAGUCAAAGGUUACCUGAAGGUCAGCUUGUUGGUGUUGGCCGCUGGAGACGAGCCCCCGGCUGAUAGACGUGAGUGUGUGGAGGACAAAGAAGAUAUUGAAGGAAACCUGCUGAGACCAGCCGGUCUGUCUCUGAGAGGAGCCACCUUCACCCUGAGGAUCUUCCGAGCUGAAGACCUGCCACAAAUGGACGAUGCCUUCAUGGAUGGGAUGAGGCAGGUUUUUGGGUUUGACAGCAACAGGAAGAACCUUGUUGAUCCUCUGGUGGAAAUCCACUUUGCUGGAAAAACGAUCUGCACUAAGAUUCUGGAGAAGAACGCCAAUCCACAAUGGAACCAGAGUCUCACUAUGCCUAUUAGGUUUCCCUCCAUGUGUGAGAAGAUGAGGAUCAGAAUUCUCGACUGGGACAGAGCCAGUCACAACGAUGUCAUCGGCUCCACCCAUCUCUGCAUGUCUAAGAUUUCGGCUCCUGGUGGAGAGAUUGAUGAUGACUUGUCUCAACGGACCGUCCACUCUGGCAUUGACGACAGUCUUGGUUUCCUGCCAACAUUUGGUCCAUGUUUUGUCAACCUGUACGGAAGUCCCAGAGAGUUCACAGCCUUCAGCGAUCCACACGAAUCACUAAACCUUGGAAAAGGAGAGGGUGUGGCAUACCGAGGUCGAGUUUUAAUGGAACUUACAACAAAGCUGGCUGACAAGCCAGAGCAGAGAACUGGAGAUAUUUCAUCAGAUGACCUGCUGGUGGUCGAGAAAUUUCUCAGGAAGAGGAAGUUCUCUCUCUUUGUGGCUUUUUAUUCAGCCACUCUCCUCCAGGACGUCGAUGAUGCAAUUCAGUUUGAGGUCAGCAUUGGUAACUAUGGCAACAAGUUUGACUACACCUGCCUCCCUCUGGCCUCCACCACCCAGUUCAGCAGAGCCGUUUUUGACGGAUGUCACUACUACUACCUUCCCUGGGGAAACAUCAAGCCAGUGGUGGUUCUGUCUUCAGAGUGGGAAGAUAUCCAACCAAGAAUUGAGGCUCUCAACAGGCUUCUUGCUGUCAUAGACAGACUGGAGGCAAACCUGCAGCGGGUGAACCUGGAAGUGAAGGCAGGCAGUGACCUGGAGGAGGUGGAGCUCCGAGUGGUUGAGAUGUUGGAUCAGAUCAUCAUAGACUGCAGUGAAGAGCUGCCCUCCCUUGACCAGUGGCAAUGUGCGACCCCUCUGGAUCGCUCUUUGAGGCACAUCCGUACUCUCCACCUGCAGCAGAUAGUCGCGGGGGCGCUGGCUCUAAAGCACGGACCUGCCACCGAACUCUCAACAGUGCUGGAGCAGGCAGAGGACUGGGCCAGCAGGCUGAGGAACAUGGCAGAGGAGCCCCAGAACAGUCUUCCAGACAUAGUGAUAUGGAUGCUACAGGGCGACCGCAGGGUGGCGUAUCACCGCAUCCCAGCACACACUGUAAUCUUCUCCCAGGAGCACUGUGGGAAACACUGUGGACAGCUGCAGACCGUCUUUCUCAAGUAUCCACAGAGCAGCGGUGGAGAAGCCAAACUUCCUGGUCAACUGAGAGUUAAAGUCUGGUUUGGAUUGGCUGCUGAUGCCAAACAUUUCAACCAAUACGCUGAAGGAAAGCUGUCGGUGUUUGCUGAAACGUAUGAGAACCAGACCCGACUUGCCCUGGUGGGCAGCUGGGGAACUACAGGUCUGACCUACCCGAAGUUUAGUGAUAUCACUGGAAGAGUCAAAUUGCCCAAAGAGAGCUUCAAACCCUCACCUGGUUGGACCUGGGCCGGGGACUGGUUCAUUAGCCCUGAGAAGACACUGCUGUUUGAUGUGGACGCUGGUCACAUGACCUUCACAGAGGAAGUGUUUGAAAACCAGAUGAGACUUCCAGGUGGACAGUGGAUCGGCAUGCCGGAGGGCUACACUGAUGUGAAUGGAGAGAAGGCGGUGCCUAAAGAUGAGGUGGAGUGUCCUCCAGGUUGGGUUUGGGAGGAGGUUGAGUGGAGUGAAGAUCUCAACAGGGCUGUAGAUGAACAGGGUUGGGAGUAUGGCAUAACCAUCCCUCCAGACCGCCGACCCAAGUCAUGGGUGACAGCUGAGAAGAUGUACCACACCAAUCGGAGGAGAAGAUGGAUGCGACUGAGAAGGCGGGACCAGCAAAAGAUGGAGGCACUCAGAAAGCAGCGUCCAGACGACACAGAGCGGGAGGGCUGGGAGUACGCCUCCCUGUUUGGCUGGAAGUUCCACCUGAAGCCGAGGAAGACGGACAGCUUCAGGAGGCGCAGGUGGAGGUACCGCAUGGAGCCGCUGGAGAAGACUGGACCGGCGGCCAUCUUUGCUCUGGAGUGUUCUCUGAGCAGCAUAGAGGACAAAAAUGAUGACAAGUCGGUAACAACCACGUUCGGGGUCAACAGACCGACUAUUUCUUGUUUCUUUGACCGUGGCACCCGCUACCAUCUGCGGUGCUACCUCUACCAAGCCAGAGACCUGAUAGCCAUGGACAAAGACAGCUUCUCAGACUCCUACGCCAUCGUGUCAUUCCUGCAUCAGUCCCAGAAGACAGUGACUGUACGUAACACUCUAAACCCCACCUGGGACCAGACACUCAUCUUCUAUGAGGUGGAGAUUUUUGGCGACCCUGAGGUCACCAUGGCAACUCCACCCAACGUUGUGGUGGAGCUUUACGACUCAGACACAUACAAUGCCGAUGAGUUCAUGGGCCGCUGUGUGUGUCAGCCCUCCCUUACAUCCGCCCCUCGUCUGGCUUGGUUCCCAAUUCGUUUAGGGGACAAGAACGCUGGCGAGCUGCUGGCCGCCUUUGAGCUCAUACGCAGAGAAAAGCCAGCAGUUCACCAUCUUCCAGGACAAGAGGGAGACAUCCUGACAUCCACCAAUGUUCUAGACGAGUUGAUGUUUCCAGGAUUCCUCGCUGAAAACCUGCAGCAAUGGCCGGAGGAGUCGGACCUUCCCCAUCCCCCGCCUCAGAGAGAGGCCAACGUGUUUGUGGUUCCUCAGGGAAUCAAACCUGUUCUGCAAAGAACAGCCAUCGAGAUCUUAGCGUGGGGCGUUCGUAACCUGAAAAGCUUCCAGCUGUCCAGCAUUACCUCUCCCAGCCUGCAGGUGGAGUGUGGAGGCAUCAUGAUCCAGAGCUGCGUCAUCCGCAGCAUGAAGAAGAAACCCAACUUUGAUGUGAAUAAGCUCAUCCUUGAUGUGAGACUUCCCUGCGAGGAGCUCUACAUGCCGCCCAUCGUCAUCAAAGUCAUCGACAACCGCCAGUUUGGGAGGAAGCCGGUGGUCGGUCAGUGCACCAUCCGUUCCCUGGAGGAGUUUCGAUGCGUCCCAGAGGAGGAGCGAGCAACUGGGGAAGACGAGGAGGACCAGGGAUGGCGACGUGAGCGGCCCCAUUCAACCGGUGGGGAGGUCUUUAUUGACAUCGACGACGAGGAGCCGCUUGUGCCUGACCAGUUUGCAGAUGGAGCCAGCUCGGCUAUCAUUAACCUUUCCACCUCUAGUCGCAGCCUUCAUGAAGAGGAGUUCAUGGAUUGGUGGAGCAAAUUCUACGCCUCAACUGGAGAGAAAAACAAGUACGGGACUUACCUGGAGAGAGGAUUCGACACACUGAAGGUGUAUGAUCGUGAGCUGGAGAAGGUCGAGGGCGUCGAGGGUCUCUCAGACUUCUGUCAGACCUUUAAGCUGUACAGAGGAAAGUCUCAGGAUGCAGGAGAGGACCCUUCAGUGGUGGGAGAGUUCAAGGGUAUGUUUAAGAUCUACCCUCUGCCGGACAACCCCUCCGUCCCGCCUCCUCCCAGACAGUUCAGAAAGCUUCCUUCAAACGGCAUCGAGGAGUGUUUGGUCCGAGUCUACGUCAUCCAGGCUCACAGCUUGCAGCCCAAAGACACCAACGGGAAGUGUGACCCCUACAUGAAGAUCACUUUGGGGAAAAAGACAAUCAACGACAGUGACAACUACAUCCCCUGUACUCUGGAGCCGGUCUUUGGAAAGAUGUUCGAGCUCUCCUGCUCCCUCCCUCUGGAGAAGGACCUCCGGGUGAUGCUGUACGACCACGACAUGCUGUCCAAAGACGAGAAGAUCGGCGAGACGGUCAUCGACCUGGAGAACCGCUUCCUGUCCAAAUAUGGAGCCAUGUGUGGCCUGCCGCAGUCCUACUGCGUAUCCGGAGUAAACCAGUGGAGAGACCAGCUGACACCUCGACAGCUGCUGAUGAGAGUGUGUGAGCGGAGAAACCUGCCAAAGCCUGUCUACCAGGAAGACGUGGUUCACUUCAGAGGAGACCAGUACACCGCUGCAGACCUCGAGGACAAAAAUGUUUGCAAGCGUCACCUCGGUCCCAUUAAGGAGCGUCUGUCGCUGCACAUCUUGAGGAAAAUAGGAUUAGUACCUGAACACGUUGAGACCAGAACUCUGUACAGCCCUCUGCAGCCGGAAAUAGAGCAGGGGCGUCUGAUGAUGUGGGUGGACCUGUUCCCCAAGUCCCUGGGACCGCCGGGACCCCCGUUCAACGUCACACCGCGCAAAGCUAAGAAGUUCUUCCUGCGCUGCAUCAUCUGGAACACCAGUGAUGUCAUCCUGGACGAUGUCAGCAUCACCGGCGAGAAAAUGAGCGACAUCUACGUGAAAGGAUGGCUCGACGGACACGAACACAACAAGCUGAAGACGGACGUCCACUACCGCUCGCUGGGCGGCGAGGGAAACUUCAACUACAGAUUCCUGUUCCCGUUCCGCUAUUUACCAGCCGAGCAGCUCUGUGUGGUCGACAGGAAGGAAAACUUCUGGAGUUUGGAUAAAGCCGAGACUAAAGUUGCUCCUCGACUCACUAUCCAGGUCUGGGACAACGACAAGUUCUCCUUCGACGACUACCUCGGUCACCUGGUGAUGGACCUGAACCACAUGCUGCGUCCAGCCAAGUCGCCAGAGAAAUGCACCUUGCAGCUGCUGGAUCAGCCAACGGACAAGCUGGUUUCUCUGUUUGAACAGAAGACAGUCAAAGGAUGGUGGCCCUGCAUGUGUGAGCAGAAUGGAGAGAAGAUCAUCGCUGGCAAAGUGGAGAUGUCUCUGGAGAUCGUGACGGAGCAGGAGAACGAGGAGAGGCCGGCGGGAAACGGCAGAGACGAACCCAACAUGAACCCUCACCUGGAGGAGCCCCAACGUCCGGACACUUCCUUCCUGUGGUUCUCCUCUCCUUAUAAAACCCUCCGGUUCAUCCUGUGGAGGAGGUUCAAGUGGUUCAUCAUCCUCUUCAUCAUCCUCUUCUUCAUCUUCCUCUUCCUCGGCGUCUUCCUCUACUCCUUCCCGAACUACGCAGCCAUGAAAAUGGUCGGACCAUUCGGACCAGCGAAGGCAUCCGAGUGAUGAUGGAGGAAACGGGGAAAAAAAGAAACCAAAAAGAAGCUGAAAAAAAAGACAAAUGACGUCGAGUUCUACCAAUCAAACAAGGCGAAAUUUAACCGAUACUCUCCCUUUAAGUCUUUUUUUUUUUUUAUGAUUUACGUCACGCCGCUGAGGUCGUUCAGAGUGCUCUGCCGCAGCGGUGAACUUGUGACCUCCCUCAGACUGUGUGUGUGAAGAUAAGUCUACUUGCUUUGGCGCCCGAGGUUCACAAACGCCUCAAAUUUGUGUGUUGUGUCCAUUUUGUGCCUUUCCCCGUCAGAUCUGUGCGUCUCCACUCAUCACAAACUCCUGUUUUUACCGUAGCGAACGCGUACAUGAACUCACCAUCAGAUCCCAGCAGGUUGUCGCCCGCCUCGUCGUCAUCCCUGCGUCACCUCUUUCAUCCCUCUCUCCAUCUCGUCCGCCCUCAUGCAGAGAAGAAGGGCCAUGUUGGAACAAGCGGGAAGCGCGGAAUCAAAGGUUGUGAUGUUGUCGUCUGAUCUCUUUACCUCCUGCUGUGUCUGCAACGGGUCAGGCAGCGGUGAGGGAGUGCUUUACAAAACUUUAUCGCUUUAAAAAAACUCUGUGAAAAGGAAUUUAAAAAAAGCACGAGUCUGCUCUCUUUGAUUUUCCUUUUACUGUUAACAAUCAUGCUGUGCUGCGUUCAAGUGCAAUCAGACGUCUUAGCUGUAUGUUUUCAGACAGGAUUGAUUGUUACACGGCUCAGAUAUUCUUUCUGUUGAGCUUCUUCUUCUUCUCUUCCUCCUGAGCCUCAGCUCCUCCACUUUUGUCCUUUCCUGUAUGUACCUCCUUCUCUUCUCCUUCCUCCUUUCCUCUCCUUCACUUGACUUUGCCACCGUCUUUCCUCCUUUUCUCCGCAGUCUCCUUCCCUCCUCUCACCUAGCUCUUCACUUUUCUUCUUCCUACUUUUCCCUCCCCUCUUUCUUCCUCCUCUUCCUCCAUCUUUCCUGAUCUACUUCUUUCUCCAUCCCUCCCCUUCACUCUGUUCUUUACAUCCUCCUGCAUAUAAUUGUUUUCAUCCUUAGUUUUUCCCCUUUAGCUUUGAGAUAUACUUCCCUUUGACUACACAUUUGCAUGCACAUGAAUGCUGCAUCUUGUCCCUUUCUUUAUUUGAAACCAAAAGCGAAACAUUGCCAACAUAUUUGUGCAACUUUUUAAAAAAAGUAAAUAACAAGAAAAUGACUCAAUGUUGGCUUCAUAGGACUUCUUUUUUUUAGGACGUUUUGGUCGUGAUGGUAUCCAAAGAGUUUAAUUUUUACUAGUGUCACAGCUAAGUUUGAAUUCUCGUAUUGUGUAGUUUCAUACGGCCUGAGCUCUCUAGUGUGCCCUCUAGUGGUAUCCUCCAGUAUCACACCUAAUGCAUUCGGUCAAAUACAUUCAAGACGCAGUCAGUCGAGCACGUACACAUUGGACUAAAAGAAAAAGUAUAUCUCCAUCCUAACUUAUAUUCCUCCUGUUCUCCUCGUAGUCUUUCUUUUCCCCUUCAUUCUCCUCCGCCUCAUGAUCCCCCCCCCUUCUCCCCCAGCUCCUCAGUCUUUCAGCACUCUCUCAGGGUUCAGCGGGUUAAGUCGAGGAUUUGCUCGUGUUGAUGUUGAGCUUUAUUAGUGCAAAGUGUGUUUUUAGAGAGAUCGAUGUUCGCCGAUAAGGACCCACACACACACACACACACACACUGUGCCUAACAAACUGGAGUCAUGCAUGCUAGCCUGUGCGUUCUCCUUUUCUGUGUGUGUUUGUGUGUGUUUGAGAAGAUUUGUGCAGACAUUUGUUAAAAAGUGUGUUAAGGUCAGACCAGGAAAGGUAAAAGGAGAGGGAGUUGUUUACGCAGAUUCUUCAGGAUUUCCUGAUGUACAUUAUGUGUUUGUGGGGUCACCAUUGUGUAUGUUCGGGUCUUUUGAUCUUUGUGUAGCUCGUGCUGACUGAGACAGAAAACAAAAACUAAACCGGAAAAAAUGAUGAGAAAAGGGAAGAGAGCGAGAUGAAUACUGAACUCUAAUGUCAGCAUCGUCUUUUUUUCCUCUGAAGUCUAAAGACAUGAGUUUGUAAGUUUGCUGUCCGGUGCGUUCACAUGUUCAGUUCAAUUGCUUUGCGUCGCACCACAGUGGAAAUUAUGACUUUGUCCCGUUUUGAGUCGAGUUUUGAGUUCACACCAGCCGAUUAUAUUUACCACCCAGGCCUUGUUAACACAAAAGUUUCAUGGACUCAGAGGCUGGUAAUUUAUUGGACGGUGUUUUGGCAACCUGCAAUCCUGCCAGGUCAGAGAGGGUUUAGCCCCAGUGAUGUAGCUCCUUUGGUGUUAAGAAGAAGGGGAAGUUACUCACUUUCAGAUGACAACAUUUGUCUCCUUGUACCCAUAAAAACGUUGCAUUUUUACGUUUUUUUAUUCCAGUGAAGUGUAGCCUUGUUUCUCCAAAGUAAUCCCAACGUAUUUUUGCUUGGAUGCUUGGUCCAGCGUUGGCCCCCCUUGAAAUUGGCCACCCCAGAUGCCAACCCUAAGUAAACCUUAAACUAUAGCCAUAUUCAUUGUCAGUGCCCUCCACUGGGCCACCCCACUCAAAAAAAGUGUGGACACGCCCCUGCUUGGAGACCUCCUUCUCACCUGUAACAGAAUAUGAAUUAAAACUGCUGUUUAAAAUUUCCGAGAAUGAAAAGGAAGAAAACUCCUCUUACUAGGGUGCAUUAAUUUUUUUUUUAUGUCAUACUUAAAACCUCCAAUAUGUGGCAGUAUGACUCGACAAUGGUUCAGCUUGAUCAGGAAAUAUGUAUAAUGCACUGAAGGAAAAGACGAUGGAAAAUACGGCAGGACAAACUUAUUGUCCUAGUUAAAUUGUACCUUCGUUUUUAGUCAGACGACUAAUAAAGUGGACAUACCUGAUAGCAUAAGAUGCUAACAUUGUAGCCAUGGCCUUCAUGCAAAUUGUAAAUAUAUUUUAAAAAUGGUGAAAUGGUUUGGAUUUAUUUCAGGAUUAUUGCCAGAGUUGAUCACUAUAUCACCAUUUUUUUGAAAGUGUAUACAGAUUUAGAAAAUACAUUAUUUGUUGUGUUAUUAUCAGUAGUAUAUGUUGCGUUAGUAUCUGAAAUAGUUGUAUGUAUUUGAAAGAGCUUUAACCAUCCUGCUGAUGUAAACACACUGGCCACACUGACACAAGACAAUCCUACCGUCAAUGAAUGUUUCAGUUCUUGUUUUAUUGUUCCCAAAAAAAGCCUUGAGAUGCCUUCAUACUGCAGAUGUAUUAGCUUUAACUUAGCACUUUGUUUGCCUAUUAUUAGUCCGGUCAGUAAACAUAACAUGCCUUUAGCCAGAAGCUAGUUAGCUUAGCUUCGUAUACAGACUGUAAACGUUGGUCAAGAGCUAGCCUGCCUCUCUCGGCUUUAUUCAUCUAUAAAGCAGGAGAAACUUCAGGAAGUGGGUGCAAUUGGUCAAGAAGUAGUCCAGCGAUGGGGCUCCAGUGGCCUAGUGGUUAGUUUGCGCAUCCUAUGUACAGAGGCUGUUGUCCUUGAAGCGUGCUGCCUGGGUUCGAAUCCAAUUAAAAUUGGUUUUCAUUUUUAUCAGCCCCAUGUGAUUUUAUUUUCUGAUUGGAUUCAUGGGGGUCCCUAAAAAAUGGACAACUUCAACGCUGGUUUAUGUGUGUAAAAUUGUAAAAAGGUUUGCUCUCUGGGAUUAUCCUGCACUGUGCUUCGGCUUUAAACAAAAGUAUCCUCCUGUUGCUGACUGUAAUAAACUCAAGAUGCCAAAAAAAACUGCAGUGACUGGAAAAAAAAAGUUCGGACUCUGUUUCAGUGGAACUGGUUCAAAAUCCACCCUUGUUCUGUGAAUGUUUUUUUUUUGAUCAUGACUGGGAGUAUAGAUGAUAUUGUUUUUGUGGAAGAUACAGACUGAAUGUAUUCUAAACUUGUUUCUUCAUAUCAAAGAGCAAUACUGUGUGCACUGCAUUAUGGGUCAGUAUUAUCAAUAAAACUGCAUUUCUGAUGUGUGGUGUUUUUGUCUUCUCAUGAUAAGAAGUGUAGGUACCUGUGAGGAACCGAGUUUGGCACCCCCCGUGGGCAAAGCAGUAUGUCUUAUAAUUUUACUGAUGGAUUACUUGUAACAUAAUGGCGAUGAAUGCUGGGUUUAGGGGCUCCCUGUGAACUUUUUUUUGCCUCAGGCCCCAAUAUUUUCGCUUCUCCAGUGUGCUGUUACUGCCAAUUUCCACAGUCAGCUCUCGCCGUGGUCUGUCAGCACUGUCCACUACAGCGCCGUUUCCUACCACUAUAGCCAAUGCUCCCGUUUCCACGACAAGCGCUGAUCUGUUUCAUAACCAGGUAAAAACUCCUCACAGGAGCUUUAAACAGGAUAAAACUGGUAUGACUAGAAACAAACCUUCAAGGCAUGACUUAGACAAACUUUAUCCCUUAAGUCCUUGCUACCAUGUGAAACAGUUUGACUUAAAAACUCAAUGGGAAACCAGUAUCGGUAAAAUCAGGACAUAAACAUACAUUAUAACACUUUUAUUUAAAGAUUUAUUAUCAAAGGAAAAGAUCAAAUUAAAGUCCAGCAUACGUGUACUUCAUUCACUGACCUUGAUGCGAACCUGCUGCGUCUGCAGAAGUCAAACUGAAAACUUUAAUUUGACCGAUUCCUCUCCUGAGCUCCAACAGCCCUAAAUUAUUACUUUGCCUUCCCACCUCUCCCUCUUUUCCUCCCUCCAUCUCCUCCUUCCACUCAUCCUUCUCUCCUGAUACCGCAUCUCUCCCAUCCCCUAAUCUCUCACUUUUUCCCUUCACUUUUUUGCUCUUUCAUUCCCCCCUUCUCCUCUCUUUCUCAGGGGUGUUGUUACGGUCAAUGUGAACUGCAGGUGAACCUCUGACCACAGAGAGUGUGUGUGUGGUCCUCCAGCUCCCUCUCAUUUUCUUUGACCUUCACUGUCUUCCUCCUCUUCCUUCCCCCUCUCCAAACACACGUCUUCUCCUCCUCACCCUGCUCUGACCUCCCUCUAUUUGAAACUCCUCCAGUAGUUUCACUCCUUAUCUCUUCCUAUGUCACACGUUUUGUGUUCUUUGGCUUUGUUCACACUGCAGCUGCAAAUGUCCCACUCUGAUUUCUUUCUCAUUGAAAUUGAACCAUUUUUUCGGAUCUGUGAAGCUGCUGAUUCGAACAUUGAGCAAAAAAAAAAAAAUUAAUUAAUUUAGAGUUAGAAAGUCCAAAAAAGUGAAUGAAUAUUUGUAUUUUUAAAUAGGGUAACAUUUAUCAGUACAGCAGUAUUUUGUAACAAUCUGGCGUUCCACAGGGAUUGAUAUUAGGGAUCCUUUAUUUUUCUAAUGUUGUAGAAAUCCAUUUAUAUUUUAUAAAAAGUAAAAGUGUAGGUUAUUGCUUUUUCCUGAGAUUUCAACAUGAGAAUUCAAAAUUAAAAGUGCAUUUUUGUUUUGUGCUUUGACUAUUGGCAUGCUCUAAGGUUAAAGACACGGAAGACAAGGGAAGCUGAAAAAGAUUCAUUUGAGGUUUUGAAUGUUUUUUUUAGGUAGCAAGUAACAUGAUCUUGAGAUAUUGGUGGGAAUAAAAUCAUUAGCUCCAAUUCCUUUAA